AUGGACUUGAAAAAUAAAGUUGCGCUCGUGACUGGUGCUGCCACCGGGCUCGGAAGAGCGUUCAGCGAGGAAUUGUUAAAGCAUGGAGCAAAGGUUGUUGUAUGUGACUUGGACUCUGACGCCGGCGAAUUGACCGUGGAGGAACUCGAAAAACAAUAUGGAGAAAGGGUGUUAUUUUGUCAUUGCGACGUUACUGAUUAUGUGCAGUUCGAAGAAGCGUUCGAGUACACUGUAUGCAUGUUCCAGGAGGUCAACAUUGUGAUAAACAACGCAGAAAUCAUGAAUGAUAACUUCUGGGAGCUCGAGGUCGAUGUAAACCUGAACGGUGCCAUCCGAGGCACACUUCUAGCCCAAAAGUUUAUGGGCAAAAGCAGAGGUAGAGAGGGUGGUGUCCUGGUUAACAUUGGAUCUGGAGUCAGCGUCAAGCCACAGUUAUCUACCCCUAUUUAUACCGCAACUAAGCAUGCCAUUCUUGGUCUGACCAAGGCGUGUGGAGAUCCAUUCCACUAUGGCAACACCAACGUGCGAGCGUUUGCUUAUUGUCCAGGACCAAUCGAGAAUUCAUCAUCGCACAACAAACGUUUCAUGUCGCCGGCAUUUGAGAAAGCCAAAGAAUUGGAUAUGAAUGGUGUGCAGUUACAAAGAAUGGAGCAUGUGGCCAAAGAAUUGAUACCGUUGUUAAAAAAUGCACCUACCGGUUCCAUCUGGUUGGUAUCAGGAGGCAAACCAGCGAAAGAGAUUCCUUACAGUAGCAUCUAA